GCAGCGCGGUCGGUCGGGCGCGGGGCCGGAGCGGGGCCGGAGCGGGGCCGGAGCGGGGCCAUGACGCUCUUCGGCAGCGGGGACGCGGGCUGGAGAUAUCUGGACAUGGCCAGAGAGCCCAAGCCGAGCCGGGCCAGGCUGGGCCAGAAGCGGCAGCACAGCAGCAGCCUGUACCACAGUAACUGUGACCUGGACUAUGAUCUCUACAGGGACGACUUCCCAUACCGGGUGUACGAGUACCAGAAGAUCCCCCCACUCAUUAACCGUAUGCCAGUCAAGACCAGACGGACUCACUUGGGAGGAGGAAGCAAGAGCAGCCUGAGUUCCCAGCCCAGGACAAGGAGCAGCACCAGCGCCACAACAGGACGGACAAAGUUGCGAGCUGAAGAGCUGCACUCCAUCAAGGGGGAGCUGAGCCAGAUCAAGGCACAGGUGGACAGUCUGCUGGAGAGCCUGGACCGCAUGGACCAGCGGAGAGAGCAUCUCACAGGGUCUAAAGAGAGUGAGAAAAAGAGGGCAGAGCUGGGGACAGAGUCACCAUCCCCAGUAGGAGAGGGGUCACAGGAGUUGCGGGGGAAGGAGAGGACUGGGGCUGACAGGCACAGCGACCUGCGCAACAUUGACAGUGCUGAGGAGAGCACAGACACAGAGGAGACGGUAAGAGGAGGGCCAGAUCCUCUGCCAGGCUCUCUGCUUCCCUAAAAUCCACCCCUGCUUGCUGGUGAGGGAUGCCUGGAGCAGAUGAAAUGCUCCAUCGGGGUUCCUCAAGCCGUUCCAGCUGAGUGCCAGGGCUAAAACUUUUGGCACAUCCAGAACAUCCUCAAGUACCCUGCAGCAACCCCCUGGGUGUGCAUCACUCCAGCACCAAGGUUACAAAAAACCCCUCAGAGCAGAAAUACAUGUUAUCAAAGGUGCUGCUCCCACACUUGCACUCCCCACCUGCGUGUGGGAACCCAGGUACCGCCGUGCUGGGCAGGGUGCUGAGUUUGAUCCUGUGUGU